CACGCAAUGCAUCCCCUAAUCAUGACUCAUUCGUCUGCGCAAUUUGCUCCUUAUUUUUAUGCAAAUUAUUGGAAUAUUUUCGCGUGUCUCACGAGAACUGCUACGAGACAUUCUCGGACAAUAUCCCAUAUUUACUCGCAGACGAUAUUACGUCACGUGCGUAGAAUGGAGUAAUAAUACUGUCAUUUCUAUAUUUGAGUUAUACAUUACUGUAAGGAAUAAAGCAUAGAUGUCUUAGACGUAGCUCAAUACACUUCGAAUGGCUACCACGAAGUCAAGUCACUCUCCACAGGACAACAUUUUAUGCUGUCCAAUAUGUAUGGACAUAUACAAGACACCUCGCAUGUUACCAUGCCAACACACACUUUGUGAAUCCUGCCUUCAUUCAUACAUCGUCAACAAGUCACGUGAGAGGGUCUUAGUGUCCGACUUCCCAUGUCCAGUUUGUCGAGCGCAAACACCUGCACCACGCGCCUUUACCCGCAUUGACACCUGGUCUACUUUGUUCCCGCUGAACCAUUUGCUUGUCUCGUUGCUUGACUCAAGCUUCCAUGAAAUGCUCGAAAAACGCGAAACUCCGACAGCUGUUGAACGUUGUGCAGAGCAUGCAGGCAAACUGAUUGAAUUCUUCUGUGUCGAACACAAUGUCAAAUUGUGCAGCAAGUGUUUCAAAAAUGCACAUCGCCAGUGCGAAGUUCUCGACAUUGAAGAGCACGCUGAAUUCACAACCAGAUUCACAAUCGUCAAGACUGACGUAGAAAACCUACUAGUUUAUCUAAAUGAUGCCAUCUUGCAUCUGAAGUCGAACAUAGAGCAAUUGUCUACUGAAAAGACGUCCAUUAUGACGGAAGUAAAAGAUUUUCGCGGGAAAGUAGAAGCGUUGCUUAAUUCCUUUGAGACUGACAUCAAAGAUCAAGUUAAUGUACAGCACGACGGAGAAGUUGUUGUUUUGAAAGCUCAAUGUGAAAAAUACGAGCGGAUAAAGGCGGAGAUAGAAACGUCAGGAAAAACAUUAAGUGAGCUUCCUGUCUCGUCACAAUCGUUCGAGAUGAUCUCAACGAUCGAGAAUGACAUCAAAAGUCAAUCAUCUUUCAUACACGGGUGUCACUCAAAUAUAAAAGUUAUCAAAGUAGAAUUUGCCAUUGAAAAUGAACUACUUGCCUUUCUAAACUCCUUUAGUAAACUAGGAAGUGUCAACGUAAAUCACUUUGAAUCAAACUUGAAGGUACCCCCAGAAUUAAUGUCAAGGGGCAAUACUCUGAACGAGUCAUUCAUCCCUUCACCUCGAGACGUUUCUGCUGAUGACCUCCCUUCACGAUCGCCUAUACGUCAUGUUUCGCCACGAGCGAUAAUAAUAGCGCGUCCAACAUUAAAUGACGCAACUUCGAGCCAGUCUGGAACAAAUACGGAACAAAGACCACAUCGCGCGCAUAAAGAGCCAAAGAGACCAAAAACCGUGCCUAUUGAGUCCACUGCUCCAACACCGGUAGUCCGACCACGUCCUGAACGGCCAGAUAUCCAUGGAAUACGUCACUUUCUGCCUAGAUCAUGCUCGAGUCCUAAACGAAACCAAGACUAUAGUCACAAUACGGAGAUCAAUAUUGCGCCAACAAACGAAGCAAAGGAAAAUGUUGUUGAUUUGAGUGAUGACGAAGAUUCGGUAUUUUCAACUGGUCAAAGUGAAGCAAACUCCAACCAAGAUGCCGCUGGAAUAAACGGCUGCGAAACACCCGGUGACGUUGAGGCAAAGACAUUACCCGGAGCUUUGACUAAACCUCCAACAAGUGAAAAACCAAAGAACCGUGUCUGGCAUUAUGUUAAUGUAAUGUCGGGAGUUGGUGACAUUUCUAGUAGUAAGCGUAUGUCUGAACGUGCUGAAAAUGAUGAGAGUGCCAAUGGAAAUACGAAAUUUCUGUUUCGUCAUAGAUCUUCAUCUGCAUCAAGCAUGAGCCCCGAAGUAAAACCUAUCGUUUCGUCUGCCAUCAAUCAACUCGCUCGUUUAUUCCGACCAACACAAGCUGACGAUAACCCUGCGUCGCCACUUUACGAAAAUUCUUCCAUUUACUCCGCCUGUUCAGCUCAGAACAAGUGUAAUUCAAAAACAUUAACAUUUGAACCAAUAACAAGUAGCAACACUACGCCGAAACAAUGCACUAAACUGAAAAGUGUGGUUAUUAAGGUUGAAGGAGACAUAAGAGAAUGCACAAUUACUGGCUCCGUUGAACUUCCUGAUAAAAGACUUAUUCUAAUCGAUUGUAACAACAGUCGCGUCAAACUUUUCAAUCACGAGUUUUCAUAUGUAAGCCAUUUAGAUAUGGCAAAGGAACCGUGGAAUGUCGCAUGUUUAUCUUCAAAUGAAAUUGCUGUAACGGUUCCGCUCGAGAAGACAAUUCAUGUCAUUCGUGUUAUUGGGUCAUCAAUGAGUACACAAAGAUGCAUAGUUACACGACGUGAAUGUUGGGGAAUCGCCAUUGUUGACGGAAAAUUUGUUGUGACAACAAAAGAUGAUGGGAACCAAGUGGCCUUUCUUGACGACAAUGGCAGAGAGCUUCAAGUGGUCAACUUUGCUUCCAGGGAAAAUCCUAAUAUCUUGAGACCUGUAUCAGUUACUCGUUCAAGAACAGAUCACGUGCUCUACAUCUGCUGCGAGGGCCAGUCUGGGACUAAAGGGUCUCUUGUGCGGAUGUCAACUCGAGGUGAUGUUUUGUACGUGUUCACGCAUAAAGAGCUUGAUCGUCCUUAUAGUACAGCUGUCGACCGGGAAGAUAAUGUAUAUGUCACUGCCAUCCGUUCUGCAAAUGUCCUCAUGUUAUCAGAGGGCGGGGCUUCUGUGAUGACGAUUCUGUCACGUGAUCUCGGAUUGACACGCCCGCAACACAUCCAUAUUUCAAACCGAGAUGAUGGGUCAUUCCUCGUUUUGACGGAGCGUCGUUCAGACAAAGCAGACGUAUACUGUCUGAAAUAAAAUGAUCUCGGUCUUUCCAUGCCAUCCUGUAUAUCCAUCGCUGUCUUCAUCAAAUAUCGCAUAGAAGCAGAUUUUUUUUAUAUCUUUUCUUUAAAUGAAAUAAAUCUAACCUAAACAUUGGUCAAAAUGUCUUCCAAUUUGAUAAAAUUAUUAAUCGUUCCAAGCGAACAUUAACAUUAUUACCAAUACAGAGAAACAUACACUUGCAUUACGUGAUUAAGUAAUUCAACACGGUUUAAGGGUCUAUGAGAUCAAAGUUUCUUUUAAGGUUGUUUGCAAACUAUAGAAAGUCUAAGUGUGGAGUAUAUCGAGUGCUGCAUAGUUUUAUCAGUUUUUUUUGACUGUUGUGUGUGUUUGAAGUGAACUUAUUUUAAUAACUUUACUUUGCUUUUAUAAUUUCUGUACAGUUAUAUUUAUACGUGUUUUAUAGUUGAUUAUAAUUGUUGUCCAUGUGAGUGAAUGUUCAUAUAUACAUAUAUUGUAUUUGAUGGGAAAUCAAAAAUAAAAGCUUUUUAUAAUUUACUACAGAACUGGUUUAAUUACGUUUUAUUUAAUGACA